GGCACGGAGCCUGGCGGUCGGCGCCCGCAAUAGGUAGGUAGGUAGGGCGUUUUGGCGCGACUCAGUGCCGACAGACCCCCUAUCUGGGUAGGAGCCGGAACCCGGGAGUUCCCAUCCCGGAAGGACCCGACACGGCGAGACCCAUGCAUGCGAGAGAGAGCUCCGUCGACUGCCGCGUCGCGCUGGUGGCUCAGCACAGCAAGGGCCGGUGCCUGCCUGGGAAAACCUUUGGCUGCGGCGUGGACGGAUACAGCAUUUGGACGAGAGGUUGCCGCGGCGAGUUUCGGUGUGGCAGCGAGGCGCCGUCGUUCUUCUGUGGCUAUCCUCCGGGCGAAGUGUCCUACAAGUGCAGAUGCAGCGUUCUCAACGUCGCGGCUUGUCGGCACGCUGUCGCUGCGCGGCAGUGUUCGCUGCCGCUUUGGAGGGCGAGUUGUCCGCAUGCGUGCAACCACGGGGUUCGCGUGCACGACGCCAGGCUCGAGCAGCAGCUUGCGCCCAUCGCGCCGCCGGACAGCUGGCCCGAGCGUUGGUGGAGGGAUGCGUCGCCGGGAUACUGCGACGCCGUCUCUUCGGGCGUCGCCGGCGACUGCGCCAGAGGGGUGCGUGGGUGGUGGCAGCUGCCCGAAGGAACGGAGAGCAGUGGCGACGAGGAUGCCGCCAACGCCUGCCUCAAGCUGUGCCUCGCGUGCCCACGCUGCCGCUACCUGUCGUGGUCUCUCGAGCAGCGCACCUGCUCGUGGGCGCACGCCUGCGACCUCGACCACCUGUACAGCGAUCACGCCAACUCGUUCCUGUCCGUUUCCGUGCGGGCGCUGCUCCGCUCCUCGCGCCUGCGACCCCUCGAGCCCCUGGCACGGCCGCUCUCUCGCGCGGGCUGGCCGGCGGAGCACGUCGACGCGCCGUGUAGCCACGAGUACCCCAACACGCACGCGAGCCGGCGGCGGCCCAAGCAGCUGGGCGGCGCUCACUCGCUGCUGACGCGCCUGCUGGUCGUGCCGCGGCUGCGGCUCGCCUACUGCCCGAUCGAGAAGGCGGGCGAGACGCGGCUGAUCCGGCUGCUCUUCCACGCGGCGACGGGCGAGGCGAACGCGACCUUCGCCCACCUUGUGCAAGCGAGCGACAAGAACCUCCUCCCCUCGCUAUCGGGCCUCGCGCACGCGGCGCGGCUGGCGGUGCUCGCCUGCGCCGAUUUUGUAAAGGUGGUUGUCGUCCGCGACCCGCUCGAGCGGCUGCUCAGCGCCUACCUCGACUUGUGCGAGCCGCGGGCCGACGACGGACCCGCGCGCAGCGGCCACCGCGAGCAGCACUGCGAGGGCUUCCCGCUCCCGCGCUGGCGGCCGAGCUUCGACCAACUCGUCGACCACCUCGCGGCGCUGCCGCCCCACGAGCGCUCCGACCUUAACCAGCACUUCCUGCCGCAGGCCUACUUUUGCGGCCUGGUGGCGCCGCGGGCCGACGCCGCCGCGUCGUCCGACGACCUGCUCUUCUCGCACGGCACGCUCCCGCGCUUCCACCACGUCGUGCGGCUCUCGGCCGCCACCUUCGCCGCCGACAUGCUCUCCGUCCUCGCCUCGGUCGGAGUCGCCGAGAGCACCGCGCACCGCUUCCUGCAGAUGCGAGAUGGGCACGACACAGGCGCCGCCGGGCGCGUGCGGCGCUACUACACGCGCGAGAGCGCGGCGGCCGCGCGAGGCGUCUACUCGGUGGACUACUCGACCUUCCGGCUGCCCGAGCCCGCGUGGCUGGCGGACCUCGCCGGGUACACGCACGGAAUCAGGUAA